UCUCCCAUAGUGAUGAUAGUAGUUAUCUUCCUCAUGUUUGGUGUUCUCAUUUAUCUAUCAUUUAUUUAUAUCUCAUUUAUUUAUCACAGAGACCAAAUCAAAUGGAAACUCUAUAAACAUCUGUGAGUUAUAAGGCGUACAUUAUGUUAUAAAAUAAUUUAUGGAGAAUAAAUGGAGAAACAUUAUAUAAAGAAGAUGUUUAAAAAAAUAAAAUGCAGAUUUAAUAAAAGUUACAUCUUGCCUCAUUCAAAUUAUUACCUGGUUUCGUAACAUUACCUUGUUUUUAUUAGUUGUUCUAAAUAAAUAUACACAUUGUUCUAAACAAACUCAUACUAAUUGUAUAGUAUGGUAGACGGUUAAAAAUAUCCUCAAAGGUGAAAGAUAUAAAAUGAAUAAUGAACUUCAUUUGGAAAUGGUGAAUAUGGUACCAGAUAGAGGAGACACCAUUGUUUUUUCAAGAUGUAAUAAGUGAAGGCAAGAUGCUUUGUUAUUGUUAACCUGACACAAAGAUUGGUGGUCCUUCCAUAAAAGUUUGUUAUUCAAAGCUCACAGAAAAUUUCUAAUUUUUAUUACAUACAGAUAUAUAGGAGGUAAUAGAAGAGUAAUUCUUCAGUUGAAUGUUUUGUCGGCAUAUUGAAUUUUAAUUGUAAAUGUUUACAUGGUAAAACGACAAUUAUUUUAAAAUUUCUUAGUUCUUAAAAUGUAGUAAAAUUAAUCUAAGCAUAUAGCAAUUUUCAUUGUGUAUAUUCAUAUAAAGUGACAUGCUGAAAUGAAUUGGUAUUAUUGUAAAUGAGAGAUAAAGGCCGAGUCCCGAGUGUUCAGAGUACGUGAUGGCAGAGCAGUUACAGUCAAAGCUGUCUCAGCAAGGAUAACACAAGGACAUAGAUUAAUGAAGAUGGUCACAUAUUGUCUACAUAGCCGUCAUGAUCCACCUCAGCUUGUUUCUCUCUCUAGUUGCAUUGGGCUCAUGCAACAUUUUCCCCCAACCACUUCCUUCUGGUAGUCUCAUUAGAAGGACAUCAAGUGAUGGUGACAAGCAAGUAUUCAUCAACAAAGAGGUCCUUCACCAACUGAUCAGAAACCUUUUCUCUUCAAACCCUAAUAAAGUUGAGCAAACCAACAGCAAUGGGCCAUCUAUAGAUUCAGAUGGUGAAGGUGGGGAUAGCACUCAAGACCUAUCAUUGGAAUCAAUACAACCUUCAUCAUCAUACCCUUCUAUACGACAACACAAGCAAGAGUUGCUUUCAAAUGAUCUUUCAAAUCUAAAACCAGAUCAGAAAGUAUUUUCAAAUCAAUAUCAAAAGCAUGAAUUUGCUUCAUCUCCAAAUCGAUACCCAACACAAGAUGAGAGACCUAUUAAGUUGUAUCAAAGCCCAGAAAGAGAACCACCUGCUAUGAUGCCAGAAACAUUUAUUGAUAAAACAAACUGCAAUGAACAACAACAAAAUUCACAGUACACAACCCUAAAUGUUAACCAACAACCCAAACAAAAGGAAAUUCUGAAAGUAUAUCAACCAUCUAUUGAGACUGCUCCCUGUACUGAAUUUCAGAGCACAAACAUUUUAAAGAACUACCAAUAUCCUCAACAAUUAUCUCCUGAUGUACAUCAACUCGAAAAAUAUGAAUAUAACCCAGAUGAAUACAUAAAAGUGACUCAAGAUAGUUUCCAACAAGCUUCAAACUAUCAACAACAACUCAUGCACAAUAGUAAAUUGGGAAUCUCUCAAGUACCUACAACUGAGUCUACAGCUGCAUCUCAGAGAUUUGCAGCUCCAAAACACUACCAACCAUUUUCACAAGGAAUGUCUUCUGAUGCUGUAAAUCAACACAGACAAUAUGAAUUCAACCCAGACGAAAACACAAAACUUAUUCAAGAUAGUUCUCAACAAACUCCGAACUAUCAACAACAACCCAUGCACAAUAGUAAAUUGGGAAUCUCUCAAGUACCUACAACUGAGUCUACAGCUGCAUCUCAGAGAUUUGCAGCUCCAAAACACUACCAACCAUUUUCACAAGGAAUGUCUUCUGAUGCUGUAAAUCAACACAGACAAUAUGAAUUCAACCCAGACGAAAACACAAAACUUAUUCAAGAUAGUUCUCAACAAACUCCGAACUAUCAACAACAACCCAUGCACAAUAGUAAAUUGGGAAUCUCUCAAGUACCUACAACUGAGUCUACAGCUGCAUCUCAGAGAUUUGCAGCUCCAAAACACUACCAACCAUUUUCACAAGGAAUGUCUUCUGAUGCUGUAAAUCAACACAGACAAUAUGAAUUCAACCCAGACGAAAACACAAAACUUAUUCAAGAUAGUUCUCAACAAACUCCGAACUAUCAACAACAACCCAUGUACAAUAGUAAAUUGGGAAUCUCUCAAAAACCUACUGUGUUUUCAGCUGCAUCUCAGAGAUUUGAACUUCCAGGGAACUACCAAUCAUUUCCACAAGGAAUGUCUUCUGAUGCUGUAAAUCAACACAGACAAUAUGAAUUCAACCCAGACGAAAACACAAAACUUAUUCAAGAUAGUUCUCAACAAACUCCGAACUAUCAACUACAACCCAUGCACAAUAGUAAAUUGGGAAUCUCUCAAAAACCUACUGUGUCUUCAGCUGCAUCUCAGAGAUUUGCACUUCCAGGGAACUACCAAUCAUUUCCACAAGGAAUGUCUUCUGAUGCUGUAAAUCAACACAACAAAUAUGAAUAUGAAGAUAGUUUUCAACAAACUCAGAACUGUCAACAACAGCCUAUGCACAAUAGUAAAUUGGGAAUGCCCCAAAUACCUACUGAGUCUUCAGCUGCAUCUCAGAGAUUUGCAGCUCCAAAACAUUACCAACCAUUUUCACAAGGAAUAUCCGCUGAUGCUGUAAAUCAUCACAGAAAAUACGAAUUUAACCCAGACGAAAACACAAAUCUUACUCAACAUAAUUUUCAACAAUUUUCGAAGAAUGAACAGCAAAAUGUCCAAGUAACACCAUAUGGUGUGGAACAACAGAAGCACAGUACUGUUUCCGUUAGUCCUAACCCAACGUUUGUACAAGCAUUUAUCCCUCAGACUUUUCAGAAUUAUGAAGAUGAAGAUGAUGGAGAGUUCAGUUAUCCCACAGUAUCAAAACAGAUCCAAACUGGGGCUAUAAAAAUAAUUCGUGGACCAGUAACAGAGUAAAAAAUGUUGUGAUUAAAUGUUAAGAGCUUGUUUUAGUGAAAGAACUUUGAAUUUGUUUUGGAUAAUGAAAGUUCUCUUAUUUUUUGUUGUAGAAUUAUGGGGCAUUACUCAUUUUAUAAGGGUAUAGUUAAUACAUAUUCAAAAAUUUUAGUUUUUCUAGGAAAUUUUAUCUUUUUUGAAUAUUUAAUUAAAAAAGUAAAAAAAAUAAUUUUUAAAAUAAAUAAAAGUAAAAAACAACAUUAAGUAUUAAUGCUUAAUAAGGAAUUAAUUGUACCUUUAAAAUAAGAUAUCUUCCAUAAUCUACAUUAUUAUACAAAAAUUUAACAGUGUCUGUCUGUGUAUUCAAGUGUGUGUUAAUCAAAAACUACCGGAGCAAUUGUAUUGAAAAUUUACAUGGGCAUUCUUAGGGUCCCUGGUUAACAUACAGGUCUAUUACUAUUUUAAAAAUCCCUUUGGAAUACGCCCCGUUGGUCUUGAAAAUUCCCUUUGUUCUUUGUAAACUUAUAAUGUGACAACACAAUCAAAUGUUUUAUUAAUUUAAGUGCCAUUUUAAAUUUCUUUGUGUUGAUAGUAUUAGUAGAGUAAGCUUAAGAUUAACAGCACUUCUUUUUUAAACUUCUUUGUAAUCACCGAUUAGCACAGAAGUCCAGUAUUAUCCAGAUAAUAAAGUAGGAAGUUUUAGUAAAAAUAUACUUUAAAUUUUAAAUUUGAGGAAACAUUAACUUUGUAGUGCUUUAUCAUUAGUGUAAUGCACAUAUCAAAGACAAAGUUACUAUCUAACUUUUGCUAUAGAUUUAAAGACAGUCAUAAAACACAUCUUAGUUGUUUUUUGACUGAAAGCCUUUUAGACAAACACAACUAUAGCACCAGAAAUACCUUAGUCCAGAAUAAACUGUAAUGAUCAUAGGUAUACAUUUUUUGAUUGAAAUAGGCUUCUCAGGCUUGUGUAAGUGUAACUUAUAUAUAUUUAUGAUUGGGGCAUCAACGCAAAAUCAACUUCCAUUUCAAAACGACACAGAGCCCUAUUAUUUGUUACAUAAUGAGUAUGUUAACCAAAGCUAAAAAUUGACUUCAGGAUUUCACCAUGUCAAUAAUUUCUCCUAAAAUAAUUUCAUUGUUACUGAAGUCGUAAAUAAUGAAAUAUCGUGGAGAAAUUCGAGUUGUUUCACGUUACUCAUAAAAACUUUUUCAGGGCGAAAUAUUCAGCAGAUUGGAAUAUUUUUCAGUGAUUAUCAUCUAAUUCAGAAGUGUUUAGAAUAUAAUUUAAAAUGAAUAUGGCCACUAAGUCCAUGAUUUUUAGUAAGAAAUUGUGUGCAAAACUGUGGGUAACUGCUAGUUCUACAAUCAAAAAAAUAAAGACGAAGUAAUUUAGGUUUAACGUCGUUUUAACACUAAAUGUGAGAUUACAGAUUUUUAUUUAUUUUAUUGUAAAGUUUAAACAUUGUUGUUUAUAUUUUAAAACAAUAUUCAAAUAAAUAAUUAUUUUACAAAAAAAAAGAUAAUAAUAAACUGGAUUAAAUAAUGAAAAGGAUAGGGUAGUUUUAUUUAAGCCCAUGUCUCUAAUAUACAUAAAUAUAGAAUGAAAUGCCAUUGCAUGAACUAGGAAUGAAUGAAUAAAACUUUGACAAAAUAAAUUGUUUCUAAAGUUUCAUAUAAUACUGUAUUAAUGCCAGAUGUGACAUUUAUUUGAUCUAAUAUGGGUAUGCAUCAUUAAUAAUGAGGUUAAAUGUUUAUAAGAUGAAGUUUAAUUGAUGUAAACAUAAAUGUUUUAAGUAGAUACAUACUUUAUGAUAAUAUACAAUUCUUACUUUGUUAUUUCAGACAAGGGGAAAUUGAUUUAUUAGUCAAUAAUUAUUUUAAUUAAAAUAUUUCAAAUAAAUGAUAACAUUGCUACAAUUAAAUUCCAGAACAAAUAGUCAGUAUACCUAUUUUAUUUACAGUAUAACAAUAUGCAUACAAUUAAAUUGAAAAUAUGUCGUUAUUAAAUACCUUUUCUCAUCCUGUACCCAAGAAUUGGCAAAUGUUUACGCUAAGCUUUUGAUGUACCAAGAGAUGAACACACUAUAACAGAUCAAAUAUUUUACAGCUAACUGAUCAGAGAUCUAUACAAAUCCUUUCUUUUACUCAUUCUUUUAUCCAUAUGAAAUUGCCAACAUAUUUCUCCAACAAUUUUGAGUUUGUAGCACAAAGCAGUGCCAGUGGGUCAAGAUCCGGGUCCUCAGUCCUGCGUAUGCCCCACUAUAAAACUGGUGCGUAUGAUAAGUAAUUUAUUUUGAUAUUUAUAUGUCUUUAAAACAAGUUGUUGAGAGGAAAAUAUUGUACUAAAUUUGUUAGUGUUAGUAGCAAACAAAAAACUCACGGUAUAAAUAUUACACUUUUGUAAAUGUUACAGAAGGGCAGUUUAAAUGAAAACGGCAUGAACAUUGCCUGAGUGCCAAGACUAUUAAAUCUACUCAAAGUAUAUGUGACAAAGUACAUUCAACAGAACUUUUGUGAUUAAAGUAAAAUAUGUAAUAUUUAUUUUUUAUUUUACUCAAUUGAAGUUCUGCUGUUUAAGUGUUGUAUAUGUUGUAACAUAUGAUUAUAAGUUGAUGUUAUAAGUUUAUUAAAAUACACAACACAG